AUGGCAGCGUCAUCCUCGCAGUCCUCAGCAGACAAGAUCGCGACCCAGAACGAUUCAGCUGUAAAUGGGGGUAGUGGGACCGCCAGAAAGGUUGUCCAAUGGCUCGAUGACCAUGUCAAUUCUCAAUCUCAAAGACAUCAUGAUCAUACUUUGGAUGAAACAGGGAAAGAUCCCAAUGCUUUCAAAAGCCUUACCUCUGCUCUUGAGCGGCACCAGUCACAACAACGGUCCUCAACCUCCGGCGACACGGAAGCAAAACGCCGUCCCUCCUUGACAAACACUCCUUCUCCCAUCACUCCUCCUUCUUCCGUUCCAAUUCCCCUGAUUCAUCACAACGACCCCCUACCCCGUGUUGAGGUUCCUGGUCAAUUUAUUGAACCACACGAACGCGCUGGUUUACCGAGUUUUACUAACCUAGAGGCUGAUGCAGAACGACAGGCAGCUGGCAUUGUCCGAGCCCAUACCUCCCGGAGAAAGAGCUGGUUAGGCUUGAGGAGCCGGACCAAGUCUAAAGUCAAGGAUGGGGACAAGGACACAGUUCUUCGUGGGGUCGGGCGCAACGACGUAACGAGUUACGAUUAUGUUGCUGUCCCCACGGGUGUCAGCGACAUUGACUGCCUCACCGCUGGAGUCGAUCCUCCACGUCAAUCCGAUUUGGAACGAGACGCCGAUACGGUUUCUGUCCAGACCACCGUGAGCACAAGUGACAUAGUACCCCCAAACAGCGGAAUUUUAUCGGCGCUGCUGGCACUGUAUAAUAGUCAGCACCGUGAUCAAGCUUACGAUAGACUCAGCUCAAACGCUUCUGGUGCUUCCACACCGGAGAUGCCUGAAAGGCCGUGUGUCGACCUUUCGCAUCUUCCUCGAGACGGUGGAGGGAGAUAUAACGGUUAUGGUAGGGAAAGAACUUGGCGGUCGAGAUCCCAAUCCCUGGAGGGCAACGAGAACGAGAAAGGUGAAGCCAUCGACGAGUUUGACGAUGUUUUUAGAAAGGCACAUGAGAACGCGCAGAUCAACGUCAAACCACAGCCGGUUUCGUCAAAUCCUAGUUGUACUCCUUUGCGCCCAUCUGUGUCUCCUCAUCCGCGUCCGCUAUCAGUCCCCCCUUCCCAUCAUUUCACACAAUACUCCGAACCACCUCCAAAGGACCCGCAACCUCAGCCAUUCAAUCACCCACACCAUUCGCUAUGCCCUUCUUUAACGUCACUCAAUCCAUUUUCAAGUCGGCCUGCUCAAGCUCGAAAUGCAGCCGGUGUCAUCGGCCCCCUCAUAGCGAGCACUGCCAACCUAUCAGGAGCAGCUGCACCCGUCAACAGCCGAAUUGUGCCCAAUGUCAAGAGACCAGGCUACCAUCUCUCGAGAUAUAGCUGGGAUGACAGGUCGCCCACCAUCAAAGUCAAAAAGAAAAAAGAUAACCAACUCAAGCGAAAUGGGUACAAAUCGUUGGAUAACGCAGACUUACCUCAAACUGGAUUGAGGACGGGCGACGGUAAAUAUGAAUCUUCAGCCAGCGAUAGGGCACGUCUUUUGCGAAAGCGACCCAUGACUGAACCUGUCUCGGCAUACGUAUCACCCCCAAUGCCCGAUCAACAUGACAGAUCUGCCACCUCGCGCAGAGGGCGAGAUUCAACAUCUGGUUACUUUAGUUCUGCACAAGGGAAGAGAGCUAAGUGGACUGGAGUACUUGACCUUCGGCGAGAGGAUACCUCGGAUAGUGUAGGAAAAGGAAACCACAGUAUUGGGUGGGGAUGGGGUCGACUGACACCUGGACGAGCGACACCUGUUGGAGGGAAGAGUGGUCAAAGUACCCCUACGACUCAGUAUAGUCCUCCACUGACGCCGUCUGCAUUUACACUGACGCCGUUGAGCGACCUUGGGGAGUGGAUAAGUGAUGCUUGGUUGGACAGGGGCAGGGCCGAAAAGGCUCCUGAGUGGAGGGAGCGCAAGGAGAGAAAGGAGAGGGACAGGAGGGAAAGGGGGAGAAAGGAGAAGAGGAAGAGGAAGAAGGCUGAAAUCUAUAUCACUCGUCAUGUCGCCCAGAUCCUCCAACGUCAAGAAUUUCUCCUCAAACUUACUAGAUCGAUGAUGAUGUUUGGAGCACCAGCUCAUCGUCUCCCGUCACAGAUCGCAGCAACUGCCCGGGUUUUGGAGAUCCCUCUGAGCUGUUUGUAUUUGCCAGAUGUGAUGAUCAUCUCAUUCGAUGAUAUGUUGGGGAGUUUAGGCGCUGCAACCUCCAACGUGGGAAGUGGUACUCUCGCUGAAAAUGGCAACUCCAGCUCGUCUUCCGUUCCAGCGUUGACUGCCUCCACGUCUUCGUUGAGACUUCUUAGGCAGAGUUCGGCGUUAGACUUAGGGAAGUUAAAAGGCGCAUAUGACAUUUAUUGGAAGGUAAUUCAUGAUGAAGUCAGCGUCGCAGAAGCAAGCGGAGGGCUUGAUUCACUGAUGAGGAGACCGGUCCUGUAUGGUCGCUUUGCAUCGAUGUUCAUCGGCGGGAUGUGCUCUGCUAGCAUCUGCAGUGUGAGUUUCAAUGGCAGUUUUGUCGACUGUCUCGUUGUUUUCCCCUUGGGCGUAUCCUUGGUUUUUAUACAAAGUUUGGCUGCCAAAAACGAGUUGUAUAGCAACGUCUUCGAAAUCACGAUCACGACUCUCUUCUCCUUCAUUUCUGCCGCCCUCGCAUCGACAAGUAAAAUUUGCUAUUCUGCCGUUGCCUCUUCUUCCAUCGUUCUUAUUCUUCCCGGAUUUAUCGUUUUGUCUGGUGCACUCGAAGUUCUCUCGCGGAACAUCGUGUCUGGUUCGGUGCGGAUGUGUUAUGCCGUCGUUUAUUGUCUCUUCCUCGGGUUCGGUUUGGCGAUGGGGGCAGAGGCGUAUCAGAAGAUGACAAGCAGGAGUGUGGUUGGAUUAGCAGACACUGCCUGUGCAUACAGUCAUGGCGACAAUGCACAGUGGUGGAACAGCAACGUUAGCACUUGGUGGGCUUUCUUAACGGUCCCGUUGUUUUCCCUAUUCUUGACAAUGAGGAACCAAGGACCGUUGUUUAGGCGAGAGAUGCUGAUCACGAUAAUAAUUGCCUGUAUAGGCUGGGUUACCAAUCACUUCGUCGCCACAGUAUUUGUUGGACAAGCGGAUAUCAGUGCAGCUGUUGGGGCCUUUGCAGUAGGCUUCAUCGCCAACAUGUACGGCCGCUUUUUCUCGGGCAACGCAUUCGUUAUCAUGAUCACCGGCAUCCUCUUUCAAGUGCCUUCUGGACUCGGUAAUAACGGCCUCCUGGUCUUCGUGGAUCAACAAAGUUCUGGUUCUUCAGAAUCUUAUCUGUCAGGAUUCCAGACUGCUUUGCAGUUGAUCAGUGUCGCGCUCGGGUUAACUGUUGGGCUUGGCAUUUCCUUGUUCUUAGCGUAUCCGAUCCAAAGUAGACGACGAGCUGGUGGUGUAUUCAGUUUGUAG